AUGGCAGCGGGGCUAAAAACUGUUAUCCUCCUCUCCUUCGUCCUGGCCGUCGGCUUCCUCCUCAUCAUCCUGUCUUGUGCACUAUGGUCGAACUGGCUACCGCUUCUCGUUGCCUUGACCUUCGUCUCCGCCCCUCUCCCUAACGCGCUCUUCUCUCGCUGUGGCCAGGACGACUUCUCUUCCGAAUACGACGGGAGCAGCGGUCCCGCCGACCUAGGCCGAUUCCUUACCUCCGUCAUCGUCGUGACCGGGUUCGCCAUGCCCAUCAUCCUCGCCCAUUCGGAAGUCAUCAGGCCAGCGGCCUCUGUUAUGUCUAUCAUCGGUGGAGGGCUUGUAUAUGGCACCAUCUUGGCGUACACUGCCGCCUUCAAGCAAGAGGAGUCCGAGUUCGAGUAGUCGAGUAUUCAACAUCGACCGAUUGUUGUCUGUACGCUUGUCUCGCAUAAUGCUGCCAUUGUAACAAGGACUAUAUGGUGUAUCCUCAUCCCGC